AGAGGACAAAGAUACUCAGAGAGAAAAAGUAAAGGACCGAAGAAGGAGCCUGGAGAGACCAGGAUCCUGCCAGCUGAACAAAGUCAGCCGCAAAGCAGACUAGCCAGCCGGCUGCAAUUGGAGUCAGAGUCCCAAAGACAUGGGCUUGUUAGAGUGCUGUGCAAGAUGUCUGGUAGGGGCCCCCUUUGCUUCUCUGGUGGCCACUGGAUUGUGUUUCUUUGGGGUGGCACUGUUCUGUGGCUGUGGACAUGAAGCCCUCACUGGCACAGAAAAGCUUAUUGAGACCUACUUCUCCAAAAACUACCAGGACUAUGAGUAUCUCAUCAAUGUGAUCCAUGCCUUCCAGUAUGUCAUCUAUGGAACUGCCUCUUUCUUCUUCCUUUAUGGGGCCCUCCUGCUGGCUGAGGGCUUCUACACCACCGGCGCAGUCAGGCAGAUCUUUGGCGACUACAAGACCACCAUCUGCGGCAAGGGCCUGAGCGCAACGGUAACAGGGGGCCAGAAGGGGAGGGGUUCCAGAGGCCAACAUCAAGCUCAUUCUUUGGAGCGGGUGUGUCAUUGUUUGGGAAAAUGGCUAGGACAUCCCGACAAGUUUGUGGGCAUUACCUAUGCCCUGACCAUUGUGUGGCUCCUGGUGUUUGCCUGCUCUGCUGUACCUGUUUACAUUUACUUUAACACCUGGACCACCUGCCAGUCUAUUGCCUUCCCCAGCAAGACUUCUGCCAGCAUAGGCAGUCUCUGUGCUGAUGCCAGAAUGUAUGGCGUUCUCCCGUGGAAUGCUUUCCCUGGCAAAGUGUGUGGCUCCAACCUUCUGUCCAUCUGCAAAACAGCUGAGUUCCAAAUGACCUUCCACCUGUUCAUUGCUGCAUUUGUGGGAGCUGCGGCCACACUUGUUUCCCUGCUCACCUUCAUGAUUGCUGCCACUUACAACUUUGCCGUCCUUAAACUCAUGGGCCGAGGCACCAAAUUCUGAUCUCCUAUAGAAACUCCCCUUUCUCUAAUAGCGAGGCUCUAACCCCACAGCCUUCAAUGCUGCGUCUCCCAUCUUAACUCUUUGCCUUUGCCACUGACUGGCCCUCUUUUUGACGAGUGUGACAAGAAAGGAGAGUCUUGCAGUUAUUAAUGGACUCUCCCCUCUUAUGUACCUCUUUUAGUCAUUUUGUUUCACAGCUGGUUCCUGUUAGAAAUGGGAAAUGCCUAAGAAGGUGACUCCCCAACUGCAAGUCACAAAGAAAUGGAGGCUUUAAUUCAAUUCUCAAGCAUCUCCUGAGGACCAGGAAGUGCUUUCUUCUCACAGCGCACUUCCACUUGAUGGAAAACAAAGUGGAAAGAAAGAUGCUCAGGUAGAGAGAAGGAAUUUUACUUGGUCCCCUUGUGAUCUGUAGAGACCAAAUAUAUUCUCCUUGGUGUAAAAAACAGAGAACUCAUUCCUGUUUCCCUAUUACCACUGACAACAGAAGAAAAAAAUGCCAGCGAAACUAUAAGAGCAUUUGCCCAAAUCUGCCUAUUUGCAUCUGGGAGAAGGGGGUCAAAGCAAGGAUCUUUCACCCACAGAAAGAGAGCACUGACCCCGAUGGUGAUGGACUAUUUAAACCCUAACUCUGCCAACUCUACUUAUAGCAUAAGGGAGCGUAGUGUCUGUGUAGACAAAGAGGGCACCUGACCUUACACCUUGUUAGGGAAGAGAAACAGGUUGUUGUCAGCAUCUCCUCAUUCCCUUUUCCUUUAUAACAGCUACCAUGACAACCCUGUGGUUUCCAAGGAGCUGAGAAUAGCAGGAAACUAGCUUACAUGAAAAAGACUGGCAUAACGAGCAGCAGUUGCCAGUGGCUAAUGGUGUAACCUAAGAGGGCCCUCUGGUAGACACAGGAUAGAUAACUCUUUGGAUAGCAUGUCUUUUUUUUUUUCGUGUUAAUUAGUUGUGUACUCUGGUUUCUGUCAUAUCUUCACAAUGGUGCUCUUUUCAUGGAGUAUUGUCAAUUCAGUUAUAGUAGGUGAUUUGAAGAUCUUGAUUUGUUUCAGAAUGGUGCAUAUUUCACAUUUCCCAAUUUAUCACCUGUUUGCGGUUGUACCAGAAAGGUCUGGAGAAUGAUUAUUUGAUUAUGAUUCUUUAACAAAUGAAAAUUGGACAUUAAGCAUCACAGAUGAUAUUUAAAAUUGGCUAGUACCAUGCAUCUAUUGGGAUUUUCUACAAAUUCUUCUGCCUUUGGCAGAAACAACUUUGGUGAAUUUAAAUCUCAAUUUGAAUAACCUAUUUGAUCCUCCUUUCUAGCUAGUGGGAAAUGAUUUGCUUUAGCAAUGUCCUAUUGGUAGGUUAAAGAGUCAGGUUUAACAUGAAGGUUAUUUUCUUCUGGUACAGAUCACAUAACAGAAUGCACAAGCUGUCAGCUAUUCAGUUAGUAAGCGUCCAAGGAAAAGUGCAAGUGGAAAGAGUUUGAAACCUGAAUAGUUCCCACAUUUCAGUCUUCUCUUCCAGUUUCUGUUAACUUUGGGUUAAAAAAGGGUCUGAUUGAUCUUUAUUUAAGGAAAAAUUUCAAGGUAUAAUGGUAGCUCUUUUUUUUUUUUUGUAAAAAGCUGUUUUGUUUUCUCCCCAAAGUGGUUUCAGCAAUGUAUAAGGAGAUGUAAGAUCUUUACAAAAAGAUACCUGAUAUUUUUUUUUCCAGACCAAUAUACAAGAUAAGCUUCCAGGCUGCAUAGAGGGAGGAGAGGGAAAAGGUUCUGUAAGAAACCAAUCAAGAUCAAGGAAAGUGAAGUAAUCCAUACUUUGUGUUUUGUUUUGAUUUAAUAACAUAACAAGUAACCAACCCUACCCUGAAAACCUCACACGCAUACAUACACACAUAUACAUACACCGAGAGAGUUAAUCGACUGAAAAUGUUUCCUUCAUUUCUGAUAUAGAAUUUCAAUUUUAACACACAUAAAGGAUAAACUUUUAGAAACUUAUCUUACAAAAUGUAUUUUAUAAAAUUAAAGAAAAUAAAAUUAAGAAUGUUCUCAAUCAAA